UCCAAUCUAAUUGCACGUAAAAAUGCCCGAAGUGACUUUAAGCAAUGGCACGAACUCAAGUUCUGUAUCGGAGCUUAAUCCGAUCGAAUCCGCCCCUUCUCAGAUUGAAGGGGCACCGGGAGAAGUGUCUGAACCUGGAUCAGGGCUGGAUGAGGUUUUAUUAACUCAAUCUCCGCUAGAUGUCAAUUCUAUAUUUGUUGGGGCAACUCUACCGUCUACCGGAGCAACUUCGCUUUUUGUCGGAACAACACGUGACAAUUUUGAGGGAAAGAAGGUUUUGAAAUUAGAAUACGAGGCUUAUGAACCAAUGGCCUUGAAGGAACUUAAUAGACUAUGUUCUGAAAUCCGAGAGAAGUGGAAGGUUGCAAAGAUAAUCAUACAUCACAGGUUGGGGGAAGUGGCAAUAACCCAACCUAGUGUUAUAAUUGCAAUCUCCUCACCGCAUAGAAAGGAAUCUCUGGAGGCUUUGAACUUCAGUAUAGAGCGAUUGAAGGAGAUUGUCCCAAUUUGGAAGAAAGAAAAAUAUGAAGGAGGAGGAGAAGUUUGGAAGGAGAAUCAUGAAUGCUGCUGGAAAGUGAGAAAACGGCGACGAGUUGAGAUCGACGAAUCCGAGAUUCAGGUUGUAGCGAGUAAAGAAGAGAUUGACCGGCGUAUAACCGCAUUUAUCGCCAGAAAACAGGAAGAGAAGAAUAAGAUAAACUGUCUUGAGUUUUGUAACAGGAGACCCGAUGAAGAAAGUGAAGGAUGUGCUAGAACUAUCUCUACCCUGGUCAGGAGGGAGGGAAGUAAAUCUCAUCUUAGAACUUCUGCAGUUCAUCCAGAACUUGGGCCUAAACAGCAUCCUAAAAGGUUGAAGUUGAACAAACUUCCGGGUACCUCUGAACCAGUACAGAAUUCUCCGGGUAUCUCUAAACCACUGCAAAAUUCUCCGGGUAUAUCUGAACCACUACAGAAUAGGUUCCAGGAGAUAGAAAUUAAACUUGGUGAAGAUUUAAAACCAGUAAAUAGAGAUGUGUACGCUAGGUUGAAACUUCUCGAGGACCGUAUCCUUCUUCUAGAAAGUUUAUCCCCCGAGUACUCUAUAAUUUCUCUUGAAACCUUUAAACCCAACCCUGUACACAGCUCUAGAUCUAACCCCGAGAAGAGCGGGUUCUGGAACCAGAUUCACCAGAACUCAGAGCCUGGAGAAGGCCGGAACAGAUAUAAACGGAGUCAGCUCAGUGCAGUUGUCUCUCUUUCCGGUCAAAUUGAACAAAAUGUCGUGAAAGAGGAGAGAAAACGAAGAGUAGUCUCAUCUUUAUCCAACAUUGAUCAGAAAAUAUUCGAGAUUCGAAGAAACCUGAAACUCAAAUAUAAAAAAUAAACAUAACAUUUAACGCU